AUGGCGACACAGCGACUAGGCCAUAUGCUCAGGGUAGCAUUGCCUGUGCGUCACGGACUAUCGUUAUAUACACGUAACCGCAUUGCUGUGUCUUACGUGCCUCUGACGCAGGCAGCUAGGCUGGCUGGUGUCGUAGCGGCACCACGUGCCUUUUCGCUUUGGAGCAGUGCAACCGAAGGAAAUGAAGCUGCUCGCAAAGCAGUUUUUGAACGUGCGAGUGAAGUCGCACAAAAAGUUGAGGAAGUUCCCUCCAACUUUCACGAGCGCGCUCACGAGGUGGGUCUCUCUGUGCAUGACAGACUUGCACAAGCCGAAGAGACCGUUCACAGUGCACUGACACAUGAGGGUGAAAGCAUUUCUCAUGCGGCGCAACUAGCAACAACGGAUAUGCAGGAACUUGGACUGGGAGGCUGGUCGCCAUCGGGACUCCUCCAGCAUUUGCUCGACGGCGUGCAGUACUAUACAAAUUUGCCGUGGUGGGCUACGAUCAUUGUGGUCACUUGUGGGAUCCGCUUGGCGAUUGCCCCUCUUCUGGUAUAUGUACAAGCCAACUCAAUUCGUCUUUCAAACAUCCAACCACAAAUGCAGGCAAUGAUCAAGGAUCUUGAAUAUGCGAAAUCGACGGGGAAUCAACAAGAAAUGCAGAACGCUGCGAUCAACGUUCGGAAGUUACUGUCCGACAAUAAUUGCUCUCCAUUCAAGUCGCUCCUCUUGCCAGCCGUACAAAUGCCCAUUUUCUUGUCUUUCUACUUUGCAUUGACGGGUCUGGCAAAGGCGCCACUACCGGCGCUCACGACAGGAGGCAUUGCAUGGUUCCCGGAUCUGACGCUUGCCGACCCGUACUACGCUCUUCCUAUCAUUAGUUCGGCUAUGACGCUCCUUGUACUUGAGACUGGUGCCGAAACAGGUACAACGGCGAUGAAUCAAUCAUCACAAGCUCGUUUUAUGAAGAACGUGCUCCGUGGUGUGACAGUGUUGGCUGCAUGGCUCAUUUCCAGCUUCCCCUCGGCUGUACUGCUAUAUUGGUCAACAACUAACACUUUUUCAUUAUUCCAGCUACUUGCUUUGCGUACGCGUUUCCUUAAACGUCUUUGGCGUUUGCCUGAAAAGGUUGAGCAUCCCGUCAAGCCUCAUAUCAAAGAAAAGACAUUCAUGGAAAAUAUUCGUUCAAGUAUGAACAGCGGCAAUGCUCGUCCGAGCGCUGCGACGCCUGUACGUCGUCCUUCUUCUGCUUUCUAUCGGAAACCGCAAGAUACGCCAGAAAUUAUGAGCCAGUCACGUACGCGCGCGCUAGACUCGCUCAUGUCUGAUGACAAGAGCGUCAAGACAUCGCGGGCUUCUAGUGCAGCAAAUGAACUCAACCAAGCCGAGAAGCAGUCACGUCUAGCAGCGGCGCGGGAACGUCGUCUUCGACAGCGCAAUUAA